CCACAAAAUGCACCAACCAAGAACACUUUUUUUUUUUAUUAAAGAAAAUAACAGAAAGAAAUAAAAUGAAACCGUGGGCAAAACUAGUUAAUUGACUAAAGUUGAAGAAAAGUUUGGAUUGAUGAAUUGAUCAAUCGGCGAGGUGGUAGUUGUAGUUAUCAAUGAAGACUUAUAAGUUCCUUCAAUUCGGCCCUUUGUCUCUCUCUGUAUCUUCCCAGUUUUUCAUCCAAAAGCGAAAGGAGUAGGUACGUCAUCCCUGUCGCAAGCUUUCGCCAUGGCCGCAGCAGACACUAAAGUUGGUCUCCCACCAACACUGGAUUCAAAAUCGGCGCAACCUCCUUUUCUCGACGGAACUACUAGGUUGUACACUGCCUACACCUGUCCUUAUGCCCAGCGUGUCUGGAUUGCUCUAAAUUACAAGGGAUUGCAGGAUAAAAUCCAAUUGGUCCCCAUUAAUUUAGGUGAUAAACCGGCGUGGUACAAGGAUGUUUACCCGCCUUCUAAGGUUCCUGCUCUGGAGCACAACAAUGAGGUCAAGGGGGAGAGCCUCGAUUUGCUGAAAUAUCUAGAUAGCCACUUUGAAGGACCAAAACUUUUCCCUGAUGAUCCUGCUAAGAAAGAAUUUGCAGAGGAGAUGUUGGCCUAUGCUGGCACAUUUGGUGGAGCUGUUCUGUCUCAUCUCAAAGGGGGUCCUGAGAGUGAAACGAUUGCUGGCUUUGACAAAUUAGAAGUGGCUCUUUCUAAAUUUGAUGAUGGGCCUUUCUUCCUUGGCCAAUUUAGUGCGGUGGACAUUGCCUUUGCUCCCUUUGUAGAAAGGUACCAGCCACUGUUGCUAGAGUUGAAGAACUAUGAUAUAACAUCUGGAAGGCCGAAGUUAGGUACAUGGAUUGAGGAACUGAACAAGUUGGACGCCUAUAAACAAAGCAAAUGGGAUAUCAAUGAACUCACAUCUGCUUUUAAGAAGCGUGUUUUGGGACUGUGAAGAUCUCAUGUUGUUGUCUGCUGAGAUGCAUUACCAAUAUACCACUUAGCACUUACCAGGCUACCAGUUGUUUUCUACGUGAAUAAAGUGAAGGUCUGUCCGAAAAAACUGUUGCUUCACCGAUUGUAAAAUUCCUUUUCACUUCCCUGAGCAUUAGUUUGUCAGACUAUUGGAUAUAAAGUCAUGUUAUAAAUUAAUAUCUAGAACUUAUAGAAUAAUACUACAGUUUAUCUGA